AUGUAUUCGUACAACACAAUUCAUGCCGGGGCUACUCGGGCCCCCGUCGUUAUCCAUCCCCAACCUCAGGGGACACUUCGAAUGGCCACUGUCCAUCCAACGACUGAUCCAGAUGUUCAAAGAAACCUCGAUUGCCUGAUAAGCCACCAGCACUUUGCUCACUAUUUUGACAUCAUCCACCGCUACCUAUCGAUCACCGACGAGAAUUGGCAACGUAUCGUGGACAUACGCAACUUGAAAAAUGGUGAUGUUAAUGUGUGGAUUGAACACCACCGAACCAUCCUUGAUAAUCCUCCGCCGGACAUAUUCAACUUGAUUGCCGACAUGAGACUCAACAAGAGCUGGGAAACAUCAAGGCCAGCGGUCCUCUCCCAGGUCCACAGCGCCGGCCAGACACAGACCCUUCCCUUCCCUCGCCCGCCGUGGUCCCGGAGAGUGACCCCCUCAUUACACUUGACGCCUCACACCCCGUCCACACGCUCCCGAUCACGGGACAGCAACCUCCCAAUAGGCUCAUCCGGUCCUUCCAUGGAGCGUACAGGGUCCGGUUAUCGACGCCCGAAUCGUCGUACCGAGCCUGACGAUGAUGAAGAGAGCUGUGCCCCGGCUGAGACUCACGUGUCGACCGCAAACGCUGGCCGCAUCGCGCCCGAAGGUUCUCGUUAUCAUUGUUCUUCAAGAAACUGCACAAGAAACUACGCCCGUCAAGGAGACCUGGAGAAUCAUUUACGCCAGCGUCAUGCCGAGUUGAAUACGGAGUUUCCAUUGCGCAACCCUCAUGACUACCUUCGACCUACUUCACAGGACGGUCAGCAAGGCGUGACCGUACCCGAAAACUCCACUUCACCCAAUCUUUCACAUCCAUUCCUUGAAGCCACCAACCCACGAUCUCCAGCCCCGACCUCUUUACAGCCUGGGCACGAAGCCUCUGACACCAUCAAUGCGGAUACAGUCCUCUCCGACGUUCUGGGCGCCGUCGGAGAGGACAUUUCGUUCAACGAGCAAUACUAUCUGGGUGCUCCCUUUCCACCCACAGCCCACCAAGCCCACUCCAGUCCAGCUUAUGGAGUGCAACACAACUUUGUCAAUGGUGACGGGCAAAAUAUUAGGAUUUAUCCAAGUACAGACUAUUUCAGCUACCAGACCGACGAUUAUAUGCAAGAAGGCUAA